AUGUCUACUUCAAGAGAAAUAAGCGCUUCGGGCGUCCUGAAAUACCAGAGAGUCGCAUCGCAACCUGAGAAUCCAUUUUCACAACUCAUCCCGAACCAAGAAAUCGCAAUAAUCCCUUCGUUCACCCUCGAAUCCGGCGAUAUCCUAUAUAAUGUGCCCGUCGCAUAUACUGUCCGAGGGCAACUCAACGCCAACGGUGAUAACGCUCUAGUCAUCUGCCAUGCGCUAAGCGGCAGUGCCGAUGUCGCGGACUGGUGGGGUCCUCUCCUCGGAGGACCCGGUCAAGCAUUCGAUACCACUCGCUUUUAUGUUAUUUGCCUUAACAGUCUGGGAAGUCCUUAUGGGAGUGCUAGUGCCGUUACGAACAGGGACGGCGACCCUGCAAAGGGCCAAUACGGACCUGAAUUUCCACUGACUACUAUCCGGGAUGACGUGAGAAUUCAUAAGCUAGUCCUUGAUGAUUUGGGCGUUAAACAGAUUGCGGCCGUUGUCGGAGGAUCCAUGGGAGGAAUGCUUACUCUCGAAUACGCUUACUUUGGAAAAGACUACGUUCGAUGCAUCGUUCCAAUCGCUACAUCUGCCCGCCAUUCCGCGUGGUGUAUCAGCUGGAGCGAAGCCCAACGCCAAUCCAUAUACAGCGAUCCCAAAUAUGAAGACGGCUACUAUUCCUAUGAUGAUCCACCAGCCACAGGCUUGGGAGCUGCUCGCAUGUCGGCGCUCUUGACCUACCGCAGCCGCAAUUCGUUUGAAUCGCGGUUCGGUAGAAACGUACCAGAUCCAUCGAAGCGACAGACAAUCAAUAGCGCAGCGGGGCCGCCAUCGCCUCCAAGUGAGCAUUGGGCUGUUCAUAAUGAUGGUCACAAAAGCUCUCGCUCUUCUCGUCCUCCUAGUCAGACUGGCUCSCCUAAAAUUCCAACGGAGAUUGAGUUUACUGAUCCCCAAUUCACCGGCACCACCACGUUCACAGCGUCCCUACCAACGCCGAAACAUUCUCGUCCCUCGACGUACUUCUCUGCCCAAUCAUACCUUAGGUACCAAGGCGAAAAGUUUGUUAAGAGAUUCGAUAGUAAUUGUUACAUUGCAAUCACCCGCAAGCUCGAUACACACGAUGUCUCUCGCCACCGUGCAAGCCCGGAUUCAGCUUCUCCCGUGCUCGAUGCUUUGUCGCAAAUCGAGCAGCCUGCAUUAGUCAUGGGAAUCGAAAGUGACGGCCUAUUCACUUUCGAGGAGCAACAAGAAAUUGCUGCAGGAAUCCCAGAUUCUCGGCUGAAGAAGAUCGAUAGCCCCGAAGGCCAUGACGCGUUCCUUCUUCAGUUUCAGCAGGUCAAUGCAUACAUUCUGGAAUUCUUUAGAGAGGUUUUGCCAGAUAUUAUGUCAAAACCAGAUGAAGCCGGCAUCGUUGCGACAGAUGGUGUUGGGGAGUUGACGAAGAGCAGCACUUUCGGUGAAGCCGAAGUCGAUGACAUUACUGCUUGGUGA